AUGUGGAGCCGGCUUUCAGGAGAUCAAAUUCGUAUCCUUGACAUUCUUUCUCACGGCGGCACUGACUAUACAUUACCCAUCUGCUGCGAAAUCACCGUUGUGGCUCUUUCGAACAAGCCGCAAUACGAGGCCGUAUCCUACUGCUGGGGCGAAUCAAAUGAAACAGUAGAUAUCGAAGUGGCCGGCAACCCUCGAUCUAUUACUACCAACUUGCAAGCUGCUCUCCGCCAUCUCCGGCUACCAGAUAGGAAGCGGUCGGUGUGGAUUGACCAGCUCUGUGUCAACCAAGAUGACAACGAGGAAAGACUAUCACAGGUCCACUUGAUGUAUAAUGUUUACUCGCAGUGUAAUCGCUGUCUAGCCUGGUUGGGGGAGAUUGACCCGGAAUUCUCGGUGGCAGAUGCCAAGGCUGCUCUGGACCUGAUUCUUUUUCUCUCAGAUAAGAACGAAAAAGCGCCCAUCCCAACUUCCAUCUCGUCUGCAGACACUCCCACGUUAAAAGGAUAUCUCCGGGCCUUGGCAUCCGCUGGCGUCGCUAAGAACCCAUGGUGGAAACGCAUAUGGACGGUACAGGAGGCCAUCCUCCCGAGCGAGAUAAUAUUCCACUGGGGUCCUCUGCAGAUCCCGUGGGGCUGUGUUGUUGAUGCUCUUUAUUUCCUCCACAUGUACAAGUUGUUGCUGCUACGGCCACUGCUCUAUCAACACAGCAUAUUUGAGACCUGGCCACUUUUAGACUAUACAAAAGUCCAGUAUGCCGUCAUGAUCUGGAUCCAGAAUGCACAUGUAUGGAGAGAUUCUGCGUUCGAUGCUGCCAUCCAAUGGCGGGGCCGCCAAGCAACUGUGCCACAUGACAAAUUAUUUGGCCUCCGCGGACUGUGGCAUCCCAAUGUCGAGAUGCCCAACACUGACAAAUGCAGCUACGACACGAGCGUAGCAGAACUAUACACUGCCUUUACUAUUGACAUAAUCCUCGACGAGAACAGCCUAGCACUGCUAGAACUUGACCCACGUGUCGAGCGGGGCAAGCGGACUAGUAAUAUACCGAACUGGGCGACCGAUAUGAAUGACUCUGUGGAGUAUGGCGUCGACUCGUAUUAUCGGCGUUGGGGCGAUAAACAGAUCUAUAAUGCCUGUGAAGAAAACCGUUUAGACAAGCAAGCCCUCAUACAUGCAACAGCGGACCCAAACCACCCUUUUAAUGUGCUAGGCUUGACGGGCAUCAUGAUAGACACCAUGGAUGUCUUGGCCCCCGUCAGGCUAACUAAUGGAUACUUCGAAACUAUAUCCGAUGUGGUUAUCUCUCAGAUGCUUCGGGAUUGGAUGGAUCUCGUACGCAGCCGUGACCGACCGGGUAACUUCAGCGACGAGGCUUUCCACAGGCUCGUCAUCGGCGAUGCCAUGCGAGAUGAUCAACAGGGGUUCAGAAGACGGCCCAACGCGGAUGACUUGCGUCAGGUGGCCGACUUUGUUCGGGAUGGAACCAGAGAUGACCAAUGGCUAGACGAGAAAAUUAUGCGCGCGCAGGUGCAAAACCAGAAGUUUUUUGUGACAAAAGGUGGCAUGAUGGGACUGGGUCAUCUGGAUACUGAGCCUGGGGAUGAGGUACGGGUAUUUGACGGUGGCAAUUUUCCGUUCCUCGUCAAAAGACAGGAACGAGAAAAUGUGUACGACUACGACUUUGUGGGUUGCUGUUACGUUCAGGGCAUUAUUUUCGGAGAAGCCUACUUUGGUGAAACCCAAAUACCUCCCAAGCGUACACUUCGAAUACAUUAA